GGGGUGUGUCUAAGAAAACACCUAUUAAUAAAAUAUUUUGACUGCGAACGUCCUUCGCAGCCCCUAUCUACAUUGCUUCACGACCCAGGAAAGGUGAUAAAGGAAAGAUUUUCUCUAUAAUUAUGAUAUGACAAUGACAAUGACAAAAAGUGGUACAAUAAUAUUUCUGAGCUGCAUGUUUUGGCAAGGCGAUAUCGUGGUCAGACACGAACGCAUUGCGGACCCACGUUGUAGUCAGCCAUCGGGAUCGGUCGGGAUCGGUCGGGAUGGUUUUGGUUUAUCCACGUGACUCGUCACGCCCGUCACGGAUUGUUGUUGCUUCAAAGCUGCACGAUUGCUGCCUGAAACCGAGUAGAGCGAAGGUGCUAGUCAGAAUGUCAGGCUCUCGUGACCAGCUUGUUCUGGAAGAAGAGGAAGAAAUCGAUUUAAGAUGCUCUGAGGGCAGUCUUAAAGACAAAAUGACUAUUACAGCGAUUGGAAAGGUGAAAACCUUUGCUGGGCUGGAGGUUGUUGAGAUGGUAUUUCUCAUCAUCUCUAUUGUAAAUGUGUUGGUCGCAAUUGGUCUCACAAUUGACAGAUUAGUGGAGCUAGAGAAACAUUCGCCAGACUACACGUUUGCCAUCAUCCUCCUCAUCAACAUAGGUUUCUGUCUGUUUUAUGCAGUUCAUGGUGUCUUGAGGGAGCGGGAAUUCGAGCUGUAUGCCUAUAUGGGGGCAAUCCUUGUGCUCUUGUCUUAUAUUAUUGUUGAUCUCAGCGUCAAUUCCCGAACAACUCUGAAAUGGGUGAGUACAGUCUAAAUGUAGUUCAUUGUACAGUCAAACCUUACAUGUAUGUCAGUAGACACCCUUGAGACUAUGACAAAGUUUGUCCUAGGAGA